AUGAGUAUUGGUCAUAAAGUGAGGUUUUGUCAAACAGUGCGAGUGCGAGUGUUUAGUACCACUUCGCGCUACUUUGCUGGUCAGAAUCUUACUGAGAAGAUUGUACAAAAGUAUGCUAUCUUUCCACUGAGUUCGCAAAACCCCAGUUCCACCUCUAGCUCCAGCUCCAGUAGUAGUGGUGAUGGAAGAGGAGCUGCCCUCGAGAAAAAAGUACAUAGUGGAGAUUAUGUUACUAUUAAGCCUCAGUAUUGUAUGUCGCACGAUAAUUCCUGGCCUGUGGCUACGAAAUUUAUGGGUUUAGGAGCUAAGAAAGUCAAGGAUAAUCGACAAAUUGUAUGUACAUUAGAUCAUGAUGUACAGAAUAAGAGCGAGGCAAACAUACGCAAGUAUGCUAAUAUCGCCAAGUUUGCCAAAGAGCAGGGAAUCGAUUUUUAUCCCGCAGGUAGAGGUAUUGGGCACCAGAUUAUGAUUGAGGAAGGAUAUGCUUUUCCAGGGAAUUUAUCGGUUGCUUCUGAUUCUCAUAGUAAUACUUAUGGUGGGGUGGGGUCAUUGGGGACACCUAUUGUACGUACUGAUGCCGCCAGUAUUUGGGCUACGGGCCAAACAUGGUGGCAGAUCCCGCCGGUCGCCAAAGUGGAGCUUAAAGGGGAGUUGCCCAAGGGAGUUAGUGGGAAGGAUAUAAUUGUUGCAUUAUGUGGAGUUUUCAAUAGGGAUGAAGUAUUGAACCAUGCUAUUGAAUUCAUCGGCGAUGGGGUUGACCAGUUGUCAAUUGACUAUAGAUUGACAAUUGCUAACAUGACUACGGAAUGGGGAGCAUUAAGUGGAUUAUUCCCAGUUGAUGACAAAUUGAUUGAUUUUUAUGAAAAAAGAUUGCAAAGAGUAGGAAAGGGGCAUCCGAGAAUUAACGAGGAAACCAUUGCACGUUUGAAGCAGGAAAAGAUCCUGAGUGAUGCUGAUGCAAAAUACGCUAAACAUUUGAUUAUUGAUUUGAGUACGUUAUCACCAUAUGUCUCUGGUCCUAACUCGGUAAAGAUUUCGAAUCCAUUAAACAAGUUGUCCCAGGAUGACAUCAGGAUAAAUAAAGCUUAUUUGGUAUCUUGCACGAAUUCAAGAUUAUCGGAUAUUGAAGCAGCUGCAAAGAUCAUCAAGGGACAUAAAGUUCAUAGUGAUGUUGAGUUUUAUGUUGCAGCUGCAUCUUCUUUAGUUCAAAAGGAUGCCGAAAACUCGGGAGCAUGGCAAGCUAUAUUGGAUGCAGGAGCCAAACCAUUACCUGCUGGUUGUGGUCCAUGCAUUGGAUUAGGGUCCGGAUUAUUGAAAGAUGGAGAGAUUGGAAUAAGUGCUACAAAUCGAAAUUUCAAAGGUCGAAUGGGUUCAAAGGACGCUUUGGCUUACUUGGCUUCGCCUGAGGUUGUAGCUGCAAGUGCUGUGCUUGGUAAAAUUGGAUCACCUGAGGAAUUGGACGGUGGUAAGGCCAAUGCAAGUCGUGAAAUAGUUAAAAGUAUAGAAAUUGAAUCCGAUGAGGGAGAAAGUGAAAAGGGUUCGGUUACAGAAGCAGCAGCAGUUGAGAUUAUCCCAGGAUUCCCCAAACUGAUUGAAGGUGAAUUGAUUCUUUGCAAUGCUGAUAAUAUCAAUACGGAUGGAAUUUAUCCCGGUAAAUAUACUUAUCAGGAUGAUAUUACAAAAGAAACAAUGGCCAAAGUGUGCAUGGAGAAUUAUGAUCCUGAAUUUGAUUCCAAAACCAAAUCCAGUGAUAUUAUUGUAUCUGGAUAUAAUUUUGGUACAGGUUCCUCAAGAGAGCAAGCGGCAACAUGCAUUUUAGCACGUGGUAUGCGGUUAGUUGUUGCAGGAUCAUUUGGCAAUAUAUUCAGCCGUAAUGCCAUUAACAAUGCCUUGUUGACUUUGGAGAUACCCAAUUUGAUUAACAAAUUGAGGCAAGUAUAUAGAGGACGGGAUGAAUUGACUAUCCGUACUGGGUGGAAAUUGAAAUGGGAUGUUACUAGAGCUUUGGUAGAAGUUGUUGAUUCUGAAGGGAAAACUGUGUUGAAACAGAAAGUUGGCGAAUUGGGGACUAAUUUACAGGAUAUUAUUGUCAAGGGUGGAUUAGAAGGAUGGGUCAGGUCAGAGUUGAAAAAUAAAACCACUUGA